AUGUCUUCGAUGCGUUCUCUCCUGACAGCGGCUCUGCUGUCCGUCGGCCACUUGGCUGCGGCCCAAACCAUCAAGGUUGAUGGCCAAGAAGUUGCCGCCGACGCCUCCACCGUUGCCCCGGCUGCCGAGAUCGCCGACGUCUCUGUCGCCAGCACCUCCGCCGGCCUCUUCGACCAAGAGAGGGUCCAGCUGACCGACGCUGUCCUUGCCAACCUCACUGCCCUCCAGCUGUCCAACAUCUCGCUGUUCGGCUUCGAGGACGCCUCUUCGGUCGAGAAGCGCUCACUCUUCGGUCGCUGCAAGACCUACCCCGGAGACUUCCUCUACCCCAUCGGCUUGGUCUGGGACAUCUUUGACCUCCUCCUGGGCGGCGCUCUCACCAAGACCAUCCCCGAGGCUUCCGUCUGCUAUGACGAUUUUGGCAACUAUGACCAGGCCAAGUGCGAUUUCCUGACGGCGAACUGGGUCAAUGGCUCGCACAUCCACACCGAGGACCCCACGGCCAUUAACGCCGUCCUGUUCGAGGGUCUGAACUGUAUGCCCCCUACCAUCAACGUCGGCGAGACCAACUGCAAGGUCGGCGGCCUUCCCUCGUACGUGGUCGAGGCCACCACCGUCGCCCACGUACAGCUGGCCGUCAACUUCGCCCGUAAUCUCAACCUCCGCCUCGUCGUCAAGAACACCGGCCAUGACUUCGGCGCCAAGUCCACCGGUGCCGGCUCCCUCUCCAUCUGGACCCACAACUUCAAGAAGAUCCAGUACUUGGAGAGCUACCAGCAGGACUCGUACAGCGGUCCCGUCUUCAAGCUCGGUGCUGGCGUCCGGGCGUUCGAGGUGUAUGAGGCCGCUGCCCAGUACGGCGUCACUGCCGUUGGUGGCGAGGGCCAGACUGUCGGUGUCAUGGGCGGUUACGUCCAGGGCGGCGGUCACAGCCCCAUGUCCGGUCUGUGGGGCAUGGCCGCCGACAACGUUCUUUCUUUUGAAGUCGUCACUGCCGAUGGCCGCUUCGUGACUGCCAGCGAGUCCCAGAACCCGGAUCUCUUCUGGGCCAUCCGCGGUGGCGGCGGCUCGACCUACGGCGUCGUUACUUCUGCCGUCGUCAAGGUAUACCCCAAGAUCAAGGUCACCACCAUGACCUUUGCCUUCUCCAGCGGCACCAGCAUCACCAACGACCAGUUCUGGGCCGCCCUCCGCGCCUACUUUGACGGCUUCGUCAAGUACGCAGUCGACAACGCCAACUACGGAUACUUCCGCAUCCAGAACCUGGGUACUGCUUACGCCUUCGAUAUGGGCCCUUGGUGGGCGCCCAACAUGACCGAGGCCCAGCUUCGCGAGCUCACAGCACCUCUCUUCGCCAAGUGGGCCGAGAUCGGCGUCAACGUCGAGCCCGUCUACACCGAGUAUGAUAACUUCUACGAUGCCUGGAGCGCCUCCUUCCCCCUGGAGCCAUGGGGAUCCAAUGCCAUCCGCCAGGCCAGCCGUCUCUUCCCCAAGGCCAACUGGGAGGACGAGACCAAGCUCAACGCGACAUUUGAGGCCAUCAAAUACGUCGUCGAGGACGGCGGCUACAUCGUUGCCUUCAACAUGAUGGCCGCACCCAAGACCGGCUACCCCGACAACGCCGUCAACCCUGCCUGGCGCGAGGCCGUCAUGCACUGCAUCACUGCCGUCUUCUGGGACCCCACCGCCGAGGAGUCCAUCAUCAAGGCUGCCAGCGACAAGCUCACCUUUGACUGGCUCCAGCGCUGGCGCGACGUUUCCCCCGGUGCCGGCGCGUACAUGUCCGAGUCGGACUACAUCGAGCCCAACUUCACCCAGGCGUUCUGGGGCACAAAGUACGAGAAGGCCCUCGCGCUCAAGAAGAAGUACGACCCCAACGACGUCUUCUACGCCCAGAACGGCGUUGGUUCCGAGUACUGGGAGAUGUCGGAGAUGAUUUUGGGCAACCUGCCGUCCCAGAACAGCAAGCUGUGCCGCAAGCAGUAG